AUGCCAUCAGACUCAAGAGGAGCUCUCAUAGUAAUUGAGGGCCUUGACAGAGCCGGCAAGUCGACUCAGCAUGGACGCUUGUGCGAGCAUCUCGAGUCUGCUGGACAUUCUGUCAAGAAAUUGAGAUUUCCUGGUAAUCCAACCCACGCUACCACCACUACGCAAGAUAGAGACACAUCCAUCGGCACGUCAAUCUCGUCCUAUCUGAAAGGCGCUUCAAACCUCGAAGAUCAUGUAAUCCAUCUCCUCUUCUCGGCAAAUCGCUGGGAAGCUACGCCGGGCAUCAUUCGAGCUAUUGAAGCCGGCACAAGCGUUGUAGUUGACCGAUACUACUACAGCGGCAUAGUCUACUCGGCUGCUAAGAAAGCCGCAGGCAUCUCGUUACAAUGGGCGAAGGCACCCGAUGUGGGACUUCCAAAGCCCGAUCUGGUUGUCUUCUUAGACCUUGAUCAAGCAACAGCAAAGGCUCGAGGUGGCUAUGGCGAAGAAAGAUAUGAAAAUGAGGAGAUGCAGAAGAGGGUCAGGGAGCUUUUUUUUCGAAGUCAUUCGAGUGGAGGGGAAAGGUGA